AGCGCCGCCUCCGCUCGCCUCCGCAGCACGGAGCGUGACCAGCGGCAGCCGCGAUGAGGGCUCUCGCGCGCGGGUGACGCCGGCGACCAAGAUGAUCAAGGCUCGAGGGAAGCUCCUGGCGGUGCUGGCGCUCUUCCUUGUCAUGGCCUGGUACUCCAUGUCCCGGGAAGACAGGUACCCGGCGCUCUUCUACUUCCCCGUGCAAGACAACAAGACGGCGUGCCCGGCCGGGGAGGUGGCCAGGAAGGCGGCGCAGCUGCUGGCCAACUACACCCGGGAGCGCCCGCUCUUCCUGCAGCUCAAGGAUUACUUCUGGGCGAAGGCGCCGUCGCCCUACGAGCUGCCCUAYGGCACCAAAGGGAGCGAGGACGUGCUGCUGCGCUUGCUGUCGGUCACCAGCUACGCGCUGCCCGAGAGCAUCCAGAGCCUCAAGUGCCGGCGCUGCGCCGUGGUGGGCAACGGGCACCGGCUGCGCAACAGCUCCAUGGGCGAGACCAUCGACACGUACGACGUGGUCAUCAGGCUCAACAACGCACCGGUGCACGGCUACGAGCAGGACGUGGGCUCCAAAACCACCAUGCGCCUCUUCUACCCGGAGUCGGCGCACUUCAACCCCGGGCGCGAGAACGAGCCCGGCACGCUGCUCGUGCUGGUGCCCUUCAAGGCCGCCGACUUCCAGUGGCUCGAGGCGGUGCUGCGGGACAAGAAGCGGAGUGUGCGUGUGUUCCCUCUGGGGAGUGUGAGUGCUCUGGACAGUGUGAAUUCUCCCUGGGAAGUGUGA